AUGAAUCGCAACGCGGAGAGACACCGACACACGCAUCCUGAGGCUGUCGAGGCGAUCAAGAAGAAACACUACAUGGACGACUACCUCGACAGCUAUGAAGAUGAACACAGGGCGAUAACAAUCGCUACUCAGGUGCGUAACAUACACAGAGAAGCUCACUUUGAAUUAAGGAAGUGGACGAGUAACUCGCCCGCGGUGUUGAAGGCGCUCGGCGAAUCGCCCAAUGCAACCGAAGCGGUGGAAAUAGAAAGGACUGAACGAGUCCUAGGCCUUAUUUGGAGGCCGCAAGAAGACAGGUUGGCGUUCAACCUAGACUUGGCCCGCAUACCGUCGAACCUACUGAGGCGAGAAGCACCCACGAAGAGAGAAGCAUUGAAAAUAGUAAUGUCGUUGUUUGAUCCCCUAGGGUUGGUGUCGCCGAUAACUGUGCGGGCUAAACAGCUAUUACAGGAGGUGUGGCGACGCGGCACCGAUUGGGACGACCCGAUCGACGACGAACUGUCCGCCGCCUGGGUGAACUGGCUCACCCAUUUGAAGCAACUCAGCGGCGUAACAGUGCCGCGCUGCUAUCCCGGCUACUCCCGAGCGAGAAAACUCCAACUCCACGUGUUCACCGACGCCAGCGAGUCAGCCUACGCGACCGCGCUCUACUGGCGCGCCGAGGACGACGACGGACGAGUCACAGUCACGUUACUGGCGGCCAAGGCAAAGGUAGCUCCACUCAAAUUAACCUCCAUACCACGGCUUGAACUUCAGGCAGCUGUACUCGGCGCACGGAUGGCUGCGAGUGUGACACAGGAGCACUCCAGGCAGCCAGAAUCCACGACCUACUGGACCGACAGCAAGACAACACUGUGCUGGAUCAGAACGGGAGCCAGGUCGUACAAGCCCUACGUAGCGCAUCGAAUCGCCGCGAUAGAAGAACACACACAGGCGAAUCAAUGGAGAUGGGUGCCUACACGCUACAACGUUGCCGACGACGCUACGCGCGACGUUCCCGACAACUUCACGCGGGAACACAGGUGGUUCAACGGACCAGAGUUCCUCCGCGACCCGCCCGAACUAUGGCCUGCGGAGGAAACACAGCUGAGCACCGACACGGGUGAGGAAAGAGUGAACACUAUUACAGAGCGUCGGGAGAAACAGUACAAGGAAGUCCUGCCCGACGUGAAUCGAUUCUCAAAUUGGAAUCGCUACGUUAGAGCUGCCGCCCGCGUACUACAAGCAGUACAACACUUCAAACGACGCGUCAACACGGUCCAUUACAAGAGGACCAAGGCGGCCGCAAGCGAGAAUCCGGAUUGA